CAAACUUCGGUCGGUGCGACGUUUCUGAAAAAAAGCCGACGAGUUUGAUUCUCACAAACAAACGCAGUCAAUCGACCCUCUGGUCGUGUGCCGUCGUCGCGUUAUCAAUAAACUUUUGAUUUUGUGCGUGUUUUCAUUUGGAUAUCGAAUAUUUUUUGGAGGAGGUGACAGUUGUUGGGAGCCACUCUGGGUGGGAUUCCCCGAAUCCAGAUUUAAAAUGCCUCACUAGGAAACGACUAUGUUGGGCUACAUGCUUCCGGUGGAGGACAAGCCUCCGCCGGGACCUAAGGGUCACCUCCAGCUAACGCUGGGUCAUCAAAAUGGACAUCACACAAAUUCGAAUGGUACUCAGGUACUCACCAAUGGCAGGAGUGCCACGUCGAUAAGUAAGGAGACUAGUGUGAGUAGUUUUGUAAGUGAUACUACUGCGACUGCUAGUCAAAGCUCUAUGACUCCCACUAGCACGAGUACGGAUAAGGGAAAACCGAAAUUGACCAUUAAUGGAGGAAAGCACCAAUCUUUGAAAAGAGUAUCGUUUGGUAGCUCGAAAGGAUCAAUGGUGGAAACCCUAAUAUUCGAAAGUCCUUUGCAAGAGGAACCCGAACCAAGUCCAAUUCCCGAAAAUGGAAUCUCGCUUUCAAAUGGCUGUGAUAAAGAAGAGGAACGAGAGAAAGUGCGAGUGACAUUUUUCCAACAAUCGAAACCGCAAGAAGUCGACCUGCCGGAUGAUCCGCCGUUUUGCGAUCACGAGUUUGUCAUGUCUUCGCCCGUGUUGAAAAAUGACGUCAACCAUGUCGCUUACAACAGAACUGAAAGUACAGAAAGUGGUUGGGACAAUCCAUUCCGACCGGGCGGCGACCUAUCGAGAGAAGCCGACCAAAUAGUAGAAUUAAUAAAAGGCGGCAAACCAAUCACGCCCACUCCUGGUAGUCAAGCGCCGUUGCUGCCCUCUGGCGACGAUUCCCUUGACUUGAAUCAUACCGUUGUAGACGGCAGUCCAAAGAAGGCCUCGGCACUGUUGAGCGCCGCUCCUAACCAAUCAAAAACUAAUGGUACCAGCGAUAAAGCGACUCCUGGACAGGUGGAUGUGCAAAGGAGUACGAUAAAAGCGGAAGGAGAUGGCGCCCAAGUCGAACACGUGACGAUAAAGAAGAAAAAGGGUUGCAAUUGUUGUGUGAUAUCUUAAAAAAAUGGACACUAUUUGUUGUUGGUGCAAAUUUGGGUUUGGUGAACAAAAUUGAAAAUGAUUGGGAAUGAGUAAAUCAAAUGCAUAUAUCAAAAUGUUGAUAUUUCAAAUAAUUAUCACAGAUUUUUUAUAAUGAUGGACCAUAUUAGUCCAAUAUAUUAUUAUGUAUAGUAGGUUUCAUGAUUAAGGGAGUUUCACGCUCAAAACUUAUGCUUCAAAUUUUCACGAACAUUUUCAAUUUCAUGCACCACACGCCUGUAUAUGAAUACGGAAAAAAUAUACAAAAAAAAAGGAUGAUUAAGUAUCUUUAAUUUUCAAAAUGGUGGAUAUUGUGCUAAUAUGUGAUUAUUUUUUUAUGAUAUAAUAAGAAUUAUAUGUUUUAUUAUUUUUUUGGUGCAAGAAUGGUUCAGUAAUUAACAUGUUUACUGAAUCAAAAAUGUUUCUUGAAAAUAAUUUUUUGACUAAGUGUAAAGUGAUUGAUAGUUGUGUUUAUUAUUUCUUAAAAUAUUUAUUUAUUUUUAUCAUUAAAAAAGAGUUGCCUAUAAUGAAAAUUAAUUUACACUUGGUUUAUUUACAUUUUUUUAUUAUCUAUAUUGACAAAACAAUUUACUAUUUUUGUUUAGUUUUUAGUUUACAGAGGGCAGCAGCAUUUAUUCCUUAAAAUAAACUAUUGUUACUUUGUUUUCAAUAAGAAUUAUAAAGGGAUGGAAAAUUGUUGGGUUGUUUUGCCUCAAAAUCCAUUCAUUAGAAUUAUAUAAGCUAUUCUACACAGUCAAUUAAUAAACUUUUUGUUUUUACUUUAUUUUAGUUGAUGUGGCAAACUAGUCAAAAAAUACAAAAAUAUAUUGCCUAAAUAUUGGAAAUAAUAUUUAGAACAAUAUGUAAAGAACUUGAGGCAAAACAACAAUAAUUUUGGUUAAAGUUUUAAAUAGAAUCUUCAUUAUUAAAUAUAUGGCUGGUUCCAGAAAUGAUUAAGAUACUAUAGAAAUUUUCAAUUAAUACAAAUAUAAGUCAAAAAGUAUUUUUUAGUAAAGUAAGAUCGUAUUUUGAAAAAAAAUGCUAACGUCCUUUUUGUCAAAUAGUAGAAAAAUUGUGUAAAUGCAGCUUUAUAUGCUUUAUAUCGAUACGUGUAUAGAGAAAAAGUGUCUUAGAUUUAUUUUACCGACACUAAACCCUUUUUUGGGUCUCAUUUUUUUUUUCUACUUUAAUUUCCAUUCUAUCUUUUUUUUUUUAUAUAUACAAUUAAAAAUCACAAUAACAAUUUGUAGGUUACAAAUAAAAUGAAAAAGAAAUUUUUGUAUAAGUUGGUAGUAUUUAUGUAUUAUAUUGUAAUAUAAAAAUAAAUUUAAUUUGUAUACCAAACGCUAUUAUUAUAACGCAUUACAAAAUAAAAUAACUUGUGAAGUAA